AUGCGGGAGAGCGCGUGGUGGCCCGUGGGGACGUUGUGCUUCAGGCUGGAGGUUGGGAGCCGUGUGUUUCGGCAGAGGAUUGGCAGGGCAGGCUCCCUGGGAGACAUCUCCAAAUCCUUCCUCGAGCUCACCGACCCAGAUGAGAUCAACAGCUACUUUGCCUUCAACGUCACCUCGGCGCUUUGCCUCACCUCCACCGCCCUGCAAGCCUUCGGAAAGCGGCCUGGCUCGAGCAGGACGGUGGUGAACAUCUCCUCGCUCUGUGCCGUGAAGCCCUUCAAGAACUGGGCGCUGUACUGCAGCGGGAAGGCUUCCCGGGACAUGAUGUUCCAGGUGCUGGCGCUCGAGGAGCCUGAUGUCCGUGUGCUCAACUAUGCUCCAGGGCCUCUGGACACGGACAUGCAGCUCUUGGCCCGGACUAAGACCGGAGACUCUGAGAUGCGUCAGUAUUUCCAAAGCCUGCAGGAGAGCGGGCAGCUGAUAGACUGCACCGUGUCGGCCCAGAAGCUGGUGAAUCUCCUGGAGGAGGACACCUUCCGCUCCGGUGCCCACGUGGAUUUCUACGACAUCUGAGUUACUCUCACCUUCCUGUUUUGCUUUCUGCUGAGCUGCGUCUUGGGUGCCUCCGGCG